CUGAGCAGGAAGGAAACCGCUCCCCGAGCGAGCGGCAGCGUCGUCUCCAGGCCGUGCAGCUACAGCUACCUCCGCUCAUCCGCCAGUCCUUACACCCGCAGCAUGAGUGGACUUCGCGUCUACAGCACGUCGGUCACCGGGUCCCGUGAAAUCAAAUCCCAGCAGAGCGAGGUGACCCGCAUCCUAGAUGGAAAGCGCAUCCAGUACCAGCUAGUGGACAUCUCCCAGGACAACGCCCUGCGGGAUGAGAUGCGAGCCUUGGCGGGCAAUCCCAAGGCCACCCCACCCCAGAUUGUCAACGGAGAUCAAUACUGUGGGGACUAUGAGCUCUUUGUGGAGGCUGUGGAACAAAACACGCUGCAGGAGUUCCUGAAACUGGCCUGAGCCAAGCCCCAGCUGGCCAACUACUCCGUCACCACAUUCCCCCAGCCCCCAGCCAUUGUGGGCCAUGAAGGACCUUGUGACCAACUCCUUUAUUCCUAACCUUCUGACCUUGGAGCCCUGCUCUCCAACUGAAGCCUAUCCUCCUCUUCCCUCUCCUCGAUUCAGAGGCAACAUUCCUUACCCAGUAGUCUCAGAAAUUGUCUUAAACAACAGCCCAAGUGCCGGCUUGUCUCAGCCUGGCCCUGGGGCUGCCACCCUGCCUGGCACUGGCUGAUGGGCACCUUUGUUGGUUCCAUUAGCCAGGGCCCUGCCAAAGGCCCCGCAGUCCCCCACCUGGGAGCACCCUACAGAUGAUUAAAUGUCCCAUUCCAUUGG